AUGGUACUCUAUUUCUCUCCAUUGAACUUCUUAGAUUAUAAUUUCUCGUCGAGUAGAAAUACCAGAGAACCAAAGGAGGACAAUGUCACUUUAGGACUAACUGUUCGUGAGGGAGAGCAAGUUUUUGGAGUUGUGCAUGUCUUUUAUUCCUUCAGUGACACAGUCGUCCAUGCGACUGAUCUCACUGGAAGAGAAACUCUCGUUCGUGUUACUGGUAGAAUGAAAGUAAAGGACGGUCGUUAUGCUGGUACGUUUGCAGCUCAAGAUGUUGCUCAAAGAUGCAAGGAACUUGGCAUCACAGCCAUUCACGUGAAGCUCCGUCUCCGUGCCACUGGAGGCAUCAAGACCAAGAAUCCAGCUCCUGGUGUUCAGUCAGCCUUCCGAGCUCUUGCUCGUUCAGGCUUGAAAAUUGGUCGCAUAGAGGAUGUUACUUUAAUUCCGACAAAUAGUACCCGAAGAAAAAGUGGUAGAAGUGGAAGGCGUCAGUAA